GAGCGCGCACUACAAGUCCCAGAAGCCCCGGUUUCCUGGAGCCCGCGCCGAGCCGCGCAACGCCCGCCGGGAGUCGGCCGCGGCGGCCAAGAUGUCGCAGCCCAAGAAAAGAAAGGUUGAGUCGCGGGGCGGCGGCGAAGGAGGGGAGGGAAGUGAGGAGGAAGAUGGCGGGGAGCGGGAGGCGGCCCUGCAGCGACCCAGGAGGACUAAGCGGGAGCGGGACCAGCUGUACUACGAGUGCUACUCGGACGUUUCGGUCCACGAGGAGAUGAUCGCGGACCGGGUCCGCACCGAUGCCUACCGCCUAGGCAUCCUGCGGAACUGGGCAGCACUGCGGGGCAAGACGGUGCUGGACGUGGGCGCGGGCACUGGCAUUCUAAGCAUCUUCUGUGCGCAGGCCGGGGCCCGGCGCGUGUACGCGGUGGAGGCCAGCGCCAUCUGGCAGCAGGCCCGGGAGGUGGUGCGGCUCAACGGGCUGGAAGACCGGGUGCACGUCCUGCCCGGGCCCGUGGAGACAGUGGAGUUGCCGGAGCAGGUGGAUGCCAUCGUGAGCGAGUGGAUGGGCUACGGACUCCUGCACGAGUCCAUGCUGAGCUCCGUGCUCCACGCGCGGACCAAGUGGCUGAAGGAGGGCGGUCUUCUCCUGCCAGCUUCCGCCGAGCUCUUCGUAGCCCCCAUCAGCGACCAGAUGCUGGAGUGGCGCCUGGGCUUCUGGAGCCAGGUGAAGCAGCACUACGGUGUGGACAUGAGCUGCCUGGAGAGCUUCGCUACGCGCUGCCUCAUGGGCCACUCGGAGAUCGUGGUUCAGGGCCUGUCCGGUGAGGACGUGCUGGCCCGGCCGCAGCGUUUCGCUCAGCUCGAGCUGGCCCGCGCGGGCUUGGAGCAGGAGCUGGUGGCUGGCGUGGGCGGGCGCUUCCGCUGCAGCUGCUAUGGCUCGGCGCCCAUGCACGGCUUUGCCAUCUGGUUCCAGGUGACCUUCCCCGGAGGGGACUCAGAGAAACCCCUGGUGCUGUCCACCUCACCUUUUCAUCCGGCCACCCACUGGAAGCAGGCGCUGCUCUACCUGAACGAGCCCGUACAAGUGGAGCAAGACACGGACGUUUCGGGAGAGGUCACGCUGCUGCCCUCCCGGGACAACCCCCGUCGCCUGCGCGUGCUGCUGCGUUACAGAGUGGGGGACCAGGAGGAAAAGACCAAAGACUUUGCCAUGGAAGACUGAGUUUUGCCUUUUCUCCCAGCUACCUCCCAAGGCAGCCUGACCUGCGUGGGAGAGGGUAGGGAGGUCGGAGGAGAAAGGGAGAUCCCACGUGCAAGUAGGGGGCGAUAUCACCGUCUCCCUUUUCCCUCAUGGCUGGGAGGGAGAGUGAUUUCAGUGGCUGAGGAGAUUCUUCUGGCGAUGUUUAUUUUGAAAAGUUACCCCCUCAACGACGGAUACGGCGUGCUUGUUAAUGGGCUUUUAAGCCUUGGAAGCAUGUAGUACCAAGCACUUGUAUUUCCAUUUCUUUUGUUUUGUGGGAAAAAUAAACACGAAUGAAAAUGUCAGUUGAUGGAGGGUCCAUGCACAUUCCUGACACCUCACACCUUUUCUAAAUAUGAAGCUGGGGAAAAGGGUAAAAGUUAAUUUAGACUCCAUACAUUUCCAAUAUGACUUUGGUAUCUCUCCUGAGCCAUGCUUUCUCAGUCUCUGAAUUCUCUCUGUCCCUAGGUGCCUCUAGGCUAUGGUACUUCUUCCUCAUUGUUUUCUAAAUAAAUUUCAGUACUGAAAAUGAAGUGGAGGAGAUGAGGAAGCAGUUUAAAUAGCCCUGUUCUCAUUACUCUUACUACUUUCAUAGGGUGCUAAAGUUGGUUGAAUACGUUAAUCCAUUAAGUAAAAUGGACUUUAUGUAAUUGUACAACAUAUCUAAGAAAUGCAGAUGGUACAUUUAGGAGAAAAAGACCUGAAAGACAGCAAAGUACUAUGAUCUUUAAAAUUCUUACCUUUACUAUUAAGACCACCAAGAAAAUGUUUCAUGUAUGUUCCACAGUAAAUAUUUGUAUAAUUCCUAUGAAACAGGCUGGUAGAAGAGGUUUCUGAACCUAUCCCAACAGCUUAUUCAUCACCAUGGGUAAAUUAUUUAAGCUCACUUAAUUAAGGAAAAUAUUUUCUCAGCUAGAAAAGUGUUCUCAUUCUCAUUCAAACUCAUUUAUAGGGAUCAUGUGAUUUGGCCUACUUACAAGUAGUGAAAGUUCCUUUUUUAGUUUGUUUUUUUUUCUUUUUAGCUCAGCUAAAUGUGAAAGUUGUGAAUUUAGGAAAAUCACUUGUAAUGAAGUAUGAGUCAUGUUAUCAAAUUUAUUUCACUGAUGUUUCCCUCCUUAUCCCUGUAGCAAAUAAAACAUUGGCAUUCUCACUUUUUAUAGAUGAAGUCUUGUGUAUUAUCUAUGAGUUAUUAUGCUUUUUGCCUUUUUAAUAUUAUCAAAAGGGUUACAACCCCUUCAGAAUAUAACUUCAGGACAAUUCAAACUAUGCUUAAUGCAUGGUUAUUACAUACUGGUAACUUUUGUAUGCCAAUAGAAAAAUGGGUGUGAAAAUCAUUUUGAAGUACUCUAAUAUUUUAUUUAUUGUAACUGAGUUUUUUUGCCCUUUUAUUCAUUACAUAUUAAAGUAUUUAAGUAU